GUCAUAUCGCAACAUUGAAACAAACAAACAGCUUUCAACCUCAGCCGUCGUGAAGCCAUAGGCGCAAAGACAACCAGAGCUGUUCCUUACCAUCUGGCACUCGGUUCUGCCAUAGGCUCAUCGUAAACAAGGGCUUCAUCGCAUCAGCAUCAGCGCCAGGACCAUGAGAGAGAGAAUCACCUACUUCCAUCGGCCGGGUGCCGCCGUCGACCCAAAGCAGCUGGAAAUCAAGGACACAAAAGUCCAAGGCCCAGCGACAGAGGCGGUACGGGAGCACAAGAUCACUCUGACUCUGCCGGAGCUCCCUUCCGAGCUGGCCGGCCUUCUUCGUGAUGUCCAGGACCUGCAUCUGAGAUGGGCGACUUCAGCUGGCUAUGAAACCCUGGAGCCCUUUAGCUCCCGCGUCUCUCCAGGUCUCCACGUAUCAUAUACACCUCUGAAGGAGGAUCACGAUCCAGAAAAAUUGUGCACAGCCUUACAGGCAUUUGGACGUCUAGACUGCUCAUCAGAAGAGGUAUACAUUAGACUUGGCAAUGAGAACCAAAAAGAACCCUCUACGUUGUUCUUUUACAAUGAGCUUGAAAAACUAGACGGAUUUGCAAAGAGGCUCGGCCCGGUUGUCUGCUCAGGGCCAACCGCCAGUGAGUGCAGGAAACAGCUGCAAGACCUCAAAGAUGCCGCCAGCCUAGACAUUUCUUACGAUUCUACUUCUGAUUCCGUCAAGGUCCAAGCCCUAUGGCCGCUUCAACAACGCGAGAUAUCCGUUCCGGCAUCACCCAAGGGUCGGACAGAAGUCGGGAUCCUAGGUAUAGAUGCGCCGCCAAACAUGGAAGCUCACCAGAUUGGCGCCUCAGGUGUUCUAACCGUCAUCGGUGAGCAAAAGGAACCAUCGCCGGUUAUGUUCGCCUUUGAAGCCCGGCACAGGACGGCGUCUGGCUCUUUUACGUCUAAAUUCCAGCAACCCACGGGCCUACAUCCCGCUUUGCAGCUGAGUCUGAGCGGAGCAGCUCCUCCUUCUGAUGGCGAGGCCGAAUGUGCUCCGUAUGCAUACUUCACUUUCCCCAAGGUGAUAUUCGCAGACAGAUACCAGCUAGCAGACGAAUUGUUCCUUGCGUCUAAAAACCUGACAGCCACAAAGUACGUGAGCGAGCCGGUGGAUCUCGAAGCACCUGCGUAUACGACCAAGCCCUGGGGAUCGAACGUGCUUCUGGAGCUGGCACCUCCCAAAGGCGGCGCUGCGGCAGAGACUUGGACUGUCGAAGUCCCCCUUCAUUUACGCUAUCUCAAGCCAACCCCAACAGGCAAAGAAGAAGCUGGAAUCCCAUAUCCUGUGGUAUUCUGGGCGUGCGAUAGCGGCGAAGAUAUUUCUUACGCAGUUAAUCCAUUUGAUCGUGUCAAUCUGGGCUAUGAUGGCCUGUUUAGCCCAAGCACAAAAUUCUGGCACGUGAGUCCCAAGUCUGAAGCUGGCGGCCGUCUUAUCAACAACAUCAACGUCCCCGUGGUGACGGAGGGCGCAUCUCAGUGGGUGGGAGUUGGAACGGCGGCAGCGGUGGCGGUGGGCUUUGUUUGGGUCUUGUUGAAGCUGGUGGGAGGAUAUGCCAAGUCUGGUCAUUCAACAGCAACGAAAAAGGCGGGAGAUAGCAAGAAGAAGCAGUAGAUUUGGUAGAAUGCGGGAAGAGAUAAUACGGUUAUGGCUGGAUUGGAUGGGAUCUUGGGAGAGGCAUGGCAUACAUGUGUAGGUGCAGCAGUGUGUUGCAGGUGUUUAUUAUAGAGGGUCAAUUUUAUUUUCAUAUAUCUGGAACACCGAUUUGCAAGAUGCCCGACGGGUAUAUGACCAUGGUUAAUCCUG